ACCUGAGGGGACUUUAUCCAUCUUCUUGCGGCAUCGCUGGCGCUCAGGGACGACCAAAGAGCAGAUUGAGCAAAUGGUAGCAAUCGCUUAUGGAACGCUUCGGUGAUGCCGAAUCCCAGGAUUGCGAAAAUCCCGCUGUUGCUCGUGCCCGUGCUCGUCACGUAGAACCAGCAGGGAGGCAGCAGAGAAGAAGAUGCUCUUCUUCGCUCUCAGGGAACUCCGACAGACGGACUUGACGGAAUCGAAUGGUUGGUCACACAGGCGCCACACUGUACUCGCCAAAUGGCAGCUUGGCUCCGAUUUCCUCAUUGCAGUUGCUUAUUUCUCGAUCCCUCUUGAGCUGGUCUACUUUCUCAUCAAAUCCCAGGUUCGUGUGGUGCUCCCCUUCCGCUGGGUGAUUGCUCUUUUUGGUCUUUUCAUUGUCCUGUGCGGUAUCACACACUUGCUAACGCUAUGGAACUUCUACGUGAACUCGGAAGCGGCGCAUAUUGGCAUGACGAUUGCCAAAGUGGUCACAGCAACUGUCUCGUGCCUAACUGCCGUACUCUUGAUCUGGGUCAUCCCGGAGUUACUUGAUGUAAAGAAGAGAGAGGAGUUUUAUACGCAAAAGACUGCAGAACUGGACGUUGAGGUGGGAAAUAUCAAGAAAGAUCAGCAAGUCCUCAAGCAUGUCCGAAUGCUCACUGAUGAGAUCCGAAGCUCGCUGGAUCGCCACAAGAUUCUAAGCACGACGAUGAUAGAGCUGUCGCACACCCUCGAGCUGGAAAGCUGCAACAUUUGGAUGCCCAGGGCGAGUGCCAACGUUCUGGAGCUUGCGCACAAGCUUGGAGCGCAGGACACUUUUGCUCCGCCUGAAAUUCCCCUCUCGACCAGCCUCGUUGACCUGUUCCCUGCUCUUGAUUCACAGGUCUUUAGCAACAAUGGUGCGGUUGUGGUGCCAUCCAAGGCACUGGGCCCGCUAGCGGGAGCUGGCCAGACGAGUUUCAACCAUGGUAGCGUGGUGGCUAUCAGAAUCCCGUUGUUGGCCAGCAGCGGCUGCGUUAGUCAUCCUGACAAGGAAUGCUACGCUCUCAUGGUCCUGUCCUUUCCAAAAAACCUUCAAAAGGCAUGGGGUGACCACGAGCUUGAGCUCGUCGAGGCUGUUGCUGAUCAGGUUGCAGUUGCCUUGUCCCAUGCUGCUGUAGUCGAGGAAACGUUGAAAGUGCAAGAUCAGCUCAUCGAGCAGAACCUGGCCCUGCAGAAGGCCAAAAAGGAAGCCGAGUCUGCAGUUCUGGCCCGCAACGAGUUUCUGGUUGUAAUGAACCACGAGAUGCGGACUCCCAUGCAUGCCAUCAUCGCGCUCUCCUCCUUGCUCCUCGACUCGGGCCUCACGUCCGACCAGCAGUCCAUGGUGGAGACCAUAUCCAAGAGUGGCAGCCUGCUAUCCACGUUGAUCAACGAUGUGCUCGACUUCUCCAGGCUCGAAGCUGGGAGUCUGAUGCUAGAUAUCCAACCAUUCAAGGUGGCCAAGCUGUUGGACGAUGCAGAGAGGCUCGUCUCGCCGUUGGCGGUGGCUAAACAUCUUCCAUUCGCUCUCAAGAGGAUGGGAUUCCUUCCGGACACUGUCAUGGGAGACAGCACUCGAAUUCUACAGGUUCUUCUCAAUGUGGUUGGGAAUGCCAUUAAAUUCACCGCUCAGGGCCACGUCCACUUGACAGUGUUUGCGAGCAAGGCUCCGGACGCCCAGGUAUCACACGAGCCAGCAUCACCAGGAAGGUGCAUGACGCAAAGGUACAUUCAUUUUGAGGUUGAGGACACCGGAAUCGGCAUCAGAGCUACUGAUCUCCCCCGUUUGUUCAACAAGUUCGUUCAGGCGGAUAGUAGCACGUCCCGCAAGUAUGGUGGAUCCGGGCUGGGGCUCGCGAUCUCCAAAAAGUUUGUCGAGCUGAUGAAUGGCAGCAUUUCCAUCACCUCUGAAGGCUUGGACAAAGGCAGUACGUGCCGCUUCUAUGUGCGAGUCUCGGUUGUCUCCGAGAUGGAGCAAGUUCAUAUGAUCCUGUCACCAAAGGCCCCGGGAGAUAAUUUCCAUAGCUUGAAGGUAUUUGAGUCCCUUCUAACUCGGACAUUCUUCAAUGACCGUGCGGGCUUUCAGAUCCUGGCUGUGGACGACAAUGCCGUCAACAGGACAGUGAUUCGCAGGCUGCUUAACAAUCUUGGAUGCAAAUCGACUGUGGUGGAAUCCGGGGAAACUUGCCUCAAAACUCUUGCGGCAGAAGGACCUUCGGCGUAUAGCAUUGUCCUCGUCGACUUGUGCAUGCCAGAGAUGGACGGAUACGAACUAACAGCAGAGAUCCAGAAGCUAUAUCCAAGAGAAGGGCUUCACAUUGUGGCUUUGACUGCAAACACCGACGAUAGCACCCGCGAGAAGUGUUUGAGCCUGGGAAUGAAGGCCGUGCUCACCAAGCCAGUAUCUCUGAAGGCACUAAGGAACGAGCUCAAGAGGAUUUUGUGAGCUGAAGCAAAG